UCUUUUUAUUUUGAAGGUUUUUGCUUUAUUGUAAAUAAGGUUCACAACCUCAAGUCUCUCUCUCUCUCUCUGUUAGGGAAUAGACCCUUCCUAAAUCUAUUCUUUUUUGUUGUGCGGUCUAGAAAAAAAAAAAUACUAUAACAAUAGAAAACUGUAAGGCAGUGAGAAUGGAGUAUAUAGCAGACUACGCAAAACUACUGACUGGGGUGGAAAAGCUAGACUUCACCGGCCAACAGAGCCCCUGUGAUCUCGCUCUAACAGGGGAUGAUGCAUUUCCUAUAGCCAUGAAUGACAAAGGCCAGGUCCUGAUAGCUGCAUCCAAGUAUGGCAAAGGCCGCAUGGUGGCCCUGGGCCACGAAUCUUAUUUGGUUGACCACAAGCUCUCCUGGUUUGUCGUUAACGCCAUCAACUGGCUCAAGCCGACCCUUAUUGGAAUCCAAUCGGACCUCGAUUUCAUAGCCAACAAUCUGAUUUACACAGGAGACAAGGUGCAGCUGAGCGACUGCUUCUCUGAUGGCAUGGGGGUCUACUGCACCAGCGCCUAUGAUGAGGAGCACGCUGACAGGCUCAUCGCGUUUGUCAAGCAGGGAGGUGGCUUGCUGAUUGCCGGCGAGGCCUGUCAGUGGUCCGGCGAUAACUGCGGCCAGCACCCUUUCACCAGUUUCCCCGGCAACAAGAUCACUAGUGUAGCCGGUAUUUAUUUCACUUUUAAUUCUGCUGAAUGUGGACUGUGUUCAGUGAAAAGAGAGAUACCUGUAAGCUGGCUGUCAGCCGUUAAACACCUAAAUACCCAACAGCACCCAGGCCAAGCAUCAACACUAAAACAUGCCAAAAGCCACCGUGAGAAAUGGCUUUUGAUUGUUUUCUGUUCUGUCACAACCAGACAAGGGAUGGACUUCAAAGAAGAUCUAGAGUUCCUGCUGAAGGGGGUGACUGAGUUUCAGUUAAGUGACAGUGGAACCCCCUCUUCUGUGCUGGUCUACGGGCCGAUGGCUUUCCCCAUUGCCCUGGAUGAGCACAACCAGGCCUUCGUGGCGGGGGCUCGUUACGGGAGGGGCCGGGUUAUUGUGAUGACGCACGAGGGCUUGAUGACUCAUGCUCCGCUGAAGCCUUUCCUCUUCAACGCCAUGCAGUGGCUCGACGGGGGCCGCAGGGGCCAAAUUGGCUUCCACCCCGAAAUCCAGAUGGGCCCAGCUCUGUACAGCCAGGGUGACUUCACCUGUGAGCUGACUGAUUUCAGAGAAGGCCUGAGCGUCUAUUGUUGCACCUCCUACGCAGCGGAGAUUCACGAGUUCGUGGCGAGGGGGGGGAGGGGUCUGCUCAUCGGGGGUCAUGCCUGGUAUUGGUCAUACGAAAACAAAGAUCAAAACGUGCUGGUCGACUACCCAGGCAACAAGAUCCUCAACAAAUUUGGCUUAGGCAUCCUCACCUCAACCGUAGAUAGUCGUGCUUACAAAGCUCCAGAAUCCGUCGAGCAUGCCAUGCAAUGCUACCAUUUUAGGAAAAUGCUGUCCAAGUUUGCCGAGCAUGUCCUGGAAUCGAAGGAGUUGGAGGAGCACGAGUUGUCUUACUUGAAGAAGCUGGGUCAGGACUGCUCCUUGUUCCUGAGAAUGAAGGCAGAGCAUAGCCCUUCAUACGACUCCAUUCGCCAGCUUCUAACCCAGCUGGUGAAAACGUCUGGUGUCCCUCAGGUGUGCAAUGAACGUCCAGUGUCACACUUCAAGGACAAUGUUCUGCUCAACUUGGGCAUGGAGCUCUACAAUGUGACCCCUGAUCCAGAUGCCCAACCUGCAGACUGUGUCUGGCGUGCUAGUUCAGGAACUCUGGAGAAGUACGGGCCUUUAUCUUCCUCCUGGGAAACCCACGCACAUUCACGUUCCCUCAACAACGGUUGGAUGCAACUUCAUGGAUGGAUGCAUGCUGGGUACCCAGUUAUGAUGCACCUGUGCUCAGGAAGGGAAACCGUUGACAUUGAUACCAUAACAAAGAAGGGGAUAUGGGGAGCCAUUCAUGAGCUUGGGCACAACCAACAGAGAGGCUGCUGGGAAUUUCCUCCUCACACCACAGAGGCCACCUGUAACAUCUUGUCUGUUUACAUUCACGAGACGGUGCUAAAUAUCCCCAGAAAACAUGCAGCCGACAGCAUGGAGAACACUGUCCGCCAUUACUUAGAGAACGGAGCCCAGCUUCAAAACUGGAGUGUCUGGACAGCGUUGGAGACGUACCUUCAGUUGCAGGAAGGGUUCGGCUGGGAUGCCUUGAAGAAAGUCUUCGGUGAGUACCAUCAAAUGCAGACGUUCUGCAACGAUCGAGAUGGCAAGAUGAAUACAUGGGCCGAGACCUUUUCCAAAGCAGUAAACAAGAACCUGGCUCCGUUCUUCAAAGCCUGGGGGUGGCCCAUUAGCGACUCGGUGACCAGCAAACUGGCAGAUUUGCCAGAAUGGAGUGAGAAUCCAAUGAACAAGUAUACAUGUAACAAUUAACAAUGUAAUCCUGCUUUUGGAAUUCGGCUUACACAUGUUCCCCUGUUCAUGCAUGUUUGUUUUUUAUUUUCUGCUGUUCUCAUGCUUUACUGUAGUUGAGACUGGACCUGUCAGAGGGGGGGACUGGGUGGCAUAAGUGCUAGGGUUAGGGGGAAAGUGGUCUUAAAAUUAAGGUUUUAGUUGAAAAUGCAUUGACUUGUAUGCAAAGAGAGAUUGCUGAGUUACAAAACAAUAAGGGGGAACAAAUAUUUUCGAACAUAUUCUUUGACACUGACUAACUAGUUCUCAUUAGUUUUUAGAUUCUUAUCCAUGGCGGCAAGUCAUAGAAAUGCUGAAUUAUCUGCUGUAGAUAUUUUGAACCAGGUUUUGUGCAAAUGCAUGCUUUGCAGUGGCUGGUGUGGGCUGCAUUUAAAGAGAUCAGGCUUUUUCUUUUUGGGACCACGUCGGGUGAACGGCUUUAGAAGCAAGCAUGGACAAUUGUGAAUUCUGUAUUGUAUUUAAAGUUUGAACUGUCAGGGCUGGUCGCUUUUGUAAGGUUAACAUUUACCAUAAACCUUAA